AUGGUAGGCGUGUUCCUUGUGGUUCGACCAACGUUUAUCUUCGGCGAUAACGAAGAAGUUAACGCCAAACCGGAUCAAAAUAGAGCUUUGGGAGUUGUUUUGUCUAUUUCAUCAGCUUUCUUCACUGCAUUUAGGUUUAUUGCUGGAAGGAAGUUAAAAAACAAUGUUCAUGUUUCCCAUAUGCUGAUUUCUACUUGCACACAAGCUUUAAUUGCGUUUCCAAUUUAUUCCAUAACUACCAACCAGGGAUGGUACAUUCCUUGCUUGUCUGAUUGGGGUAUUUUAAUAGCAAGCGCUUUAUGCUCUACUGUAUCAAAUGCAGUGAUUGCUUUAGCUCUCCAACUUGAAGGCGCUGGCCCAGUAUCAAUUGUUUAA